AUUGGAGGGGAACCCUAUUAGAGCUGAUAAGGCACGUUGCUUUAUUGACACAGUGAGGAAAAAAGGAGACAAAGCAUGCAAGAUAAUGAUCAGACACCUUCAGACCAUAGAUCCUUCUCUCUUCUUUCAACUGCAUUUAUACUCUGAUCCAUCUGCUCAGCAAGAUGCUCUUCAGAAUUGUCAGCCUAAACUUAAGUCCAACCUGAAGAAGAAGUUCCAGUGUGUGUUUGAGGGGAUUGCUAAAGCAGGAAACCCAACCCUUCUGAAUCAGAUCUACACAGAGCUCUACAUCACAGAGGGAGGGACUGCAGAGGUCAAUGAUGAACAUGAGGUCAGACAGAUUGAAACAGCAAACAGGACACCAGACAAACCAGAAACAACAAUCAAACAAGAGGACAUCUUUAAAGACUCACUCGAAAAACAGGAACUAAUCAGAACAGUGCUGACAAAGGGAGUGGCUGGCAUUGGGAAAACAGUCAUAACACAGAAGUUCAGUCUCAACUGGGCUGAAGACAAAGCCAACCAGGACAUCCAGUUCAUAUUUCCAUUCACUUUCAGAGAGCUGAAUGUGCUGAAAGAGGAAAAGUUCAGCUUGGUGGAACUUGUUCAUCACUUCUUUACUGAAACCAAAGAAGCAGGAAUCUGCAGCUUUGAAGACUUCGAGGUUGUGUUCAUCUUUGAUGGUCUGGAUGAGUGUCGCCCUCCCCUGGACUUCCACCACACUGAGAUUUUGACUGAUGUUACAGUGCCCACUGCAGUUAAUGUACUUCUCACAAACCUGAUCAGGGGGAAACUGCUUCCCUAUGCUCAUAUCUGGAUAACCACACGACCUGCAGCAGCUGAUCAGAUCCCCCCUGAGUAUGUUCACAGAGUGACAGAGGUCAGAGGGUUUACUGACCCACAGAAGGAGGAGUACUUCAAGAAGAGAUUCAAAGAUGAGGAUCAGGCCAACAGGAUCAUCUCCCACAUCAAGACAUCAAGAAGCCUCCACAUCAUGUGCCACAUCCCAGUCUUCUACUGGAUCACUGCUACAGUUCUGGAGAAUGUGCUAAAAACCAGAGAGGGAGGACAGCUGCCCAAGACCCUGACUGAGAUGUACAUCCACUUCCUGGUGGUUCAGGCCAAAGUGAAUAAGGUGAAGUAUGAUGGAGGAGCUGGGACAGACCCACACUGGAGUCCAGAGAGCAGGAAGAUGAUUGAGUCUCUGGGAAAACUGGCUUUUGAUCAGCUGCAGAAAGGAAACCUGAUCUUCUAUGAAUCAGACUUGACAGAGUGUGGCAUCAAUAUCAGAGCAGCCUCAGUGUACUCAGGAGUGUUCACACAGAUCUUUAAAGAGGAGAGAGGACUGUACCAGGACAAGGUGUUCUGCUUCAUCCACCUGAGUGUUCAGGAGUUUCUGGCUGCUCUUCAUGUCCAUCUGACCUUCUUCAACUCUGGACUAAAUCUUCUGGAAGAACAAAAAAUAAUCUUCAAGUCUCAAAUAACGGAAUCUGCAGAGAAACACUUCUACCAGAGUGCUGUUAAUGAGGCCUUAAAAAGUCCUAAUGGACACCUGGACUUGUUGCUCCGUUUCCUCCUGGGACUUUCACUGCAGACCAAUCAGACUCUGCUACGAGGCCUGCUGAAACAGAAAGGAAGUAGCUUACAGACUAAUCAGGACACUGCACUGUACAUCAAGGAGAAAAUCAGUGAGAAUCUGUCUGCAGAGAAAAGCAUCAAUCUGUUCCACUGUCUGAAUGAACUGAAUGAUCGUUCUCUAGUGGAGGAAAUCCAACAAUCCCUGAGAUCAGGAAGUCUCUCCACAGAUAAACUUUCUCCUGCUCAGUGGUCAGCUCUGGUCUUCAUCUUACUGUCAUCAGAAAAAGAUCUGAAUGUGUUUGACCUGAAGAAAUACUCAGCUUCAGAGGAGGCUCUUCUGAGGCUUCUGCCAGUGGUCAAAGCCUCCAACAAAGCUCUAUUGAGCAGCUGUAACCUCUCAGGUAGAGUCUGUGAAGAUUUGUUGUCAGCUCUCAGCUCCCAGUCUAGUCUGAGAGAGAUGGACCUGAGUACCAACAGCCUGAAAGAUUCAGGAGUAAUAAAGCUGUCUGCUGCAGUGGAUAGUCAACAUUCUAAACUUGAAAUUCUCAGACUGAGUGUUUGUAACCUCCCCAAGAAAUGCUGUGAAGCUCUGUCUUCAGUUCUCAGCUCUCAAUCUUCAAGUCUGAAAGAGCUGGACCUGACUAUCAACCACCUGCAAGAUUCAGGACUGCAACUUUUGUCUACUGGACUGCAAAGUCUAAAUUGUAAACUGAAUACGCUGAGACUAAGUCAAUGCAACUUCUCAGAGAGAAGCUGUGAAGCUCUGUGCUUGGUUCUCAGCUCCCAAUCCUCUAGCCUGAGAGAUCUGGACCUCAGUAACUCUGACCUGCAGGAUUCAGGAGUGAAGCAUUUAUUUGUUGGACUGGAAAGUCCAAACUGUAAACUGGAAAUUCUCAGUCUGUCAGGCUGUCUGAUCACAGAGGAAGGCUGUACUUCUCUGGCCUCAGCUCUGAGCUCCAACCCCUCCCAUCUGAGAGAGUUGGACCUGAGCUACAAUGAUCCAGGAUUUUCAGGAAUGAAGCUGCUGUUGGCUGGACUGAAGGAUCCACGCUGGAGACUGGACACUCUCAGACUUAAUGUCUGUAACCUCUCAGAGAGAAGCUGUGAAGCUCUGUCCUCAGUUCUCAGUUCCCAGUCAUCUAGUCUAAGAGAGCUGGACCUCAGUAACAACAACCUACAAGAUUCAGGAGUGAAGAUUCUGUCCAUUGGGGUGAAGAGUCCACACUGUAAACUAGAAAGUCUCAGACUUAAUGUCUGUAACCUCUCAGAGAGAAGCUGUGAGUCUCUCUGUGAAGCGCUGUCCUCAGUUCUCAGCUCAAUUAGAAUGCUGGACCUGAGUAACAACAACCUGCAGGAUUCAGGAGUUAAGCUUCUGUCUGUUGGAUUAAAGAGUCCACACUGUACACUGGAAGCUCUCAGGCUGUCAGGCUGUCUGAUCACAGAGGAAGGCUGUACUUCUCUAACUUCAGCGCUGAGCUCCAACCCCUCCCAUCUGAGAGAGCUGGACCUGAGCUACAAUCAUCCAGGAGACUCAGGAAUGAAGCUGCUGUUGGCUGGACUAAAGGAUCCAAGCUGGAGACUGGACACUCUCAGGUUGGAGCCUGCUGGAGUCCGAUGGUUGACACCAGGUCUGAAGAAGUAUUCCUGUAAACUCACAAUCGACGCAAACACAGUACACACAAACCUCCAACUGUCUGACAACAACAGCCAGGUGACAUAUGUGGAAGAGUUUCAGUCAUAUCCUGAUCAUCCAGACAGAUUUGAUAUUUGUCCUCAGCUGCUUUGCAGAAAUGGUCUGACUGGUUGCUGUUACUGGGAGGUUGAGUGGAGAGGAAAUGUUCGCAUAUCUGUGAGUUAUAGAAGAACCAAAAGGAAAGGAGAGAGUCCUGACUGUGCGUUUGGAUGGAAUGAUCAGUCCUGGAGUUUGUGGUGCUCCCAUUAUAUUCCUCUUUGUGUCUGGCACAAUAACAUAAAAACAUCCAUCUCCUCCACCUCCUUAUCCUCCUCUGACUCUAACAGAGUAGCAGUGUAUGUGGACUGUCCUGCUGGCACGCUGUCCUUCUACAGAGUCUCCUCUGACACUCUGAUCCACCUCCACACCUUCAACACCACAUUCACUGAAACUCUUUAUCCUGGAUUUACAGUCUGGUCUGGUUCGUCAGUGACUCUGUGCAGAUUUGAGUGUAAAGAGUGUCCUCCUGUUAGAGAAACACUCUGACUGUUGAACAGAUUGUUCAAUCUGUACAUAUCUGUCUCUUUUACUCAGUAACACGUUUUCAGAUUCAUGGAUUCAAUCAGUUCUUAAAAAGUUAUUUUAAACUGUUCUAAAUGAUUCCUUGUAAACUUCUUCCUCUUCAGUCCUUUAAAAAUGGAAGCUACCAUUAUUCCAGGGUCCACAUGUUAUUUUUCUCUCUUUUUUAACUCAAAGCAUGAAAUUUACAGUGUCUCUAAUGCUGUGGUUUUUUGAGUCACUUUUGAAAGCAGGACAGGAAGGAAGGUCUGAACAGAGAAGAUAAGAACACAGUUUUUGAGAAGAGAUUUGGGAGUUUCAGAGGUACACCUAAAUUUAGCACAGCAACUCUACUACAUCAUUUCUAUAGCUCUGGUGACCGGAUUGUUCAAUAACAGUACAAUGAUGUUGGUUUAUGGAAAGAUGUUCCUAAAUAGAUUUCAGUCUAAGCUGCUGUGGUUAAAUUCAGUGUAUUUACUGAAUUAACUGAUUUUUUUUUUGUUUUAGGAGGAGUGAAAUCUUCAGCUUAUCCCCGUUUACGAAUAGUAAAUAAAGAAUAACGCCCAGUCUUAUUAUGGUAAAUGUAAUACAAAGGUCUACAGAUGAGUAUAUUUACAUAUGAUUUUGCAAAUGAUGUUAAAAUAGUUGUUUUUAAAAAAAAGUAAUCAAAUAAUGUAAUCUGUGUGAUGAAAUGAGCGUGCUCUUUAGACUUAGUGUUGAUUCUGAAUCAAAUAGAAAAGCCUGUACUGGUCUGGUGUCAAGAGAAGUGGAAACUCAUUAUCAACUUUCUCAAGAGAAAUAUGAGUGGUGCAAGCCUGUGAAGAGGAUAUAAAAAAUGUUGUCUGAGAAUAUUUAGUUUUUAUUUCUUAUACUUUGGUGCAGUGAUAAGAGAUAAUAUUUUAGAAUCUAUAUUUUAACCACUGCCAAAUCACUGUGGAGUUAAAAUUUGGAAAGGUAAUUGUUCUUUUUCUCUGCUCACUUUUGUGGAGUUGAUUUGAAGCCGAGAAGAGUUGGAUUACUUUCAACUGAGUAACUGCUACCAUAUGUGGGCUUGCGCUAGCAAGACUGGGAGAAGAAUGCAUUACUGGCCAGGACUUGACUCUCUCCCUACUCUCUCAACCAUCCACAGACCAGUAGACGAAAUUGUAAUCACCAUAGAGUAGAGUAGGAAGUUUAUGGAAUUUUUUUA